AACCAGUAACUACAUUAUUAAAACUUUUUAACAGAUAUCCAUGUGAUUUGUUGUCUUGCAAGCCAGAACUUUGCAAGUUUCUAUAUCCUAUUGCUUCACCCUUGACAAUAUCCUCCCCCGAGGAUAAGGCAUCUUUUCCCUCCCAAGAAAUGACUUGUUUUCUUUAUAACUUCAACAUAACUUCUCUUCCAGCCCCUCUAAUUAAUCUCUCUGUCAUUCAACAAGCCAUGGAGGACUUAAACAUGCUAGCUGCAGACUGUGUUGUCAUAUCUUGCUGCUGCCAAUGCCUAAUUCUCGAGAUCGUAGUCUUCAUCGUGCUGAAACUUCCAUGCAGACUGAUUAAAAAGACCAAAAAAUAUGUCAAGAAAAAGCUAAGGCACCAGAAGAAAGAAGAAAUCGCCAUCGCAGGGGAGGUCAGGGGCUAUAGUCUUGAGUCUGGAUCAUUCAGGAUUCGAUUCAAGGAAGUUUCGUGCGAGGAAUGUUGUAUUGGAUGCAUGGAGAGAAUUGAAAAUGUGCUGGAGGAUAUGACUAGGAAGGGGGAGUUUGCAUUUGGAAGUUUCUGGAGAGGGGAGGACUUGGAAGAAAGCUUCCCAACUUUCAUUGUCAAAAAUUUCGAAUUUGCAAUAUAAUUUGAUGAAUAACAUAACAUGUUACUAUGUUAGCAUGUCCAUAAGCUAACAUUUUAAUUUUCUGUAUCCGAUUCUGUGGUCGGACUAUCUAACACUACUACAUUGAGAUUUUAGCAUUGCCGAAAGACAGAGUCUUUCUUUGCAAUGAUCUCGAGUUUCUACUCGGGCUUAGCCUAGUGGAUACCCCGUUACUCGUGUCUUAGAAUACUUUUAGAUUUCUACUAAUUUUGGUAA